AAAUAAAAUAAUCCAAACGUUGGCGGCACAGAGCCGUUGAUUUUCUCCCUUCUCACCUCAAUCCAAUCAUUUCCCCUACCUAAAACAUCGAUUCAUCCUCUGCAACUCCGCCAUUGAUUUCCUCCCUCCGACCUUCCACUCACUCGUCGGAGCAGUCCACCGCCGUUCAGUUCUCUGCUUGCUUUAACGUUCUCUCUCUCUCACCGGCGUUGAUGAACUUAUGACUCAUGAAUUGACUAUGUAAUUGAGGUGCUGCAGCAUAGCCUUGUAGUGUUUUGUUAAACUUUUCUCAUUUCACACAGUAUUAGAGUAAAAGAAUGGGACUUGCGUAUUGCGCGUACCAGCCAUAUGUGACACAUUGUAAUAGAUCUGUAAGCUUUAGAAUACUAGAACAACCAAACACAUCGCUGAGCGGGUUUAAUUGUGAACCUCUUCGAAACACGAGCUUUAUGCUAAAAAAUCAACCUCGAAAGAGUUUGAAGCGAGCCAUUGCUAGUAGGCAGCUAUGUUCCGCAAGUUCUAGGCUGUUAUUCAAUUGCCACUUGUGGAAUUGUAGUUCAUUUGGAUACUGUAUGUCAUAUAAGUCAAACAAGGGGCGAGUGUUGCCCCAAUGCCAAGCAAAUGAGUCAAUAGCAUAUAUUGAUAGUAGUGGUAGAGAUGCAGAUCCCAUUGAGAGUGGUAAUGAUGGAAGUUCGAAGAGUGAGGUUAAUGCCAUUGUGGAAGCUAGUAGUUUGAAGGAUGAAUUUGUCAAAGAAGAUGAAGAAACAGAACCUAGUUUGGAAGAUUUAAGGGAACUAUUGCAGAAGGCCCUUAUGGAUUUGGAGAUUGCACGGAUUAACAGCACUAUGUUUGAGGAUAAAGCACAGAGGAUAUCAGAGGCAGCAAUAGCAUUGAAGGAUGAUGCAGCAAAUGCAUGGAAUGAUGUUAACAAGGCUCUCAAUAGUAUCCAAGAGACACUGGAUGAAGAAGCUAUGGCUAAAGAAGCCAUACAAAAAGCAACCAUGUCACUUUCUUUGGCAGAGGCAAGGCUCCAGGUGGUAAAAAAGAUUGAGUCCCUAGAAACUUCCAUAGAAAGCAAAGAGGAACUGAAUACUACUUUAGGAGAAAAGGAGGAUGAAUCACACUUGGCUGCUCUUGAAGAAAUGAACAAAUGCCAGGAUCAUUUAGCUAGUUGUGAGACUGAAUUGAGGCUAUUAGGGAUCAGGAAGGAAGAGUUGCAAAAGGAAAUUGACAGGUUGAAUGAGGUAGCUGGGCGCGCACAAAUGAAUGCUCUCAAAGCUGAGGAAGAUGUGGCAAAUAUAAUGAUUUUAGCGGAAAAAGCUGUUGCAUUUGAAAUAGAGGCUACACAGCGUGUGAAUGAUGUGGAGAUUGCCAUACAGAAAGCAGAAAAGGAUCUACCAACUUCUUGGGUCGAUUCCUCAGAGAAUACAAAUGGAUCUUCACAAGUGCAGACAUUGACUGAGGGGAGAGUACUCGAGGAUGUGGUUAAUAAAAUAAAUCCAGCUAAUGGUGUUACUGAAAAGCAUGGAGAGGUUUCAGGUGAUGAUGAUCAUUUAACUGCUGAGCCUGUACCAGACAUCCCACUAGACAUAGGUGGCCAUAAAAAUGAUGAAUCUCACUUAAGUGAAAGUGACCAAGACGAUGGAUUCAGCCUAGAAAAUGUGAAAGAUGGUGAUCCAGAUUCAGAAAAAUCGACUAAUGUGCAGAGUAACACACCGGAAGUGCCCAAUGAGUUAUCCAGGGACAGCUCACUGUUAAAUGCUCCAAAAUCCCUAUUGAAAAAGUCAUCUCGUUUCUUCUCUGCAUCCUUCUUCUCCUUUUCUGCAGAUGGUGUGGAAUUGGCACGAGCUUCUGUUUUUCAUAGACUAAUGAAGUCAGCUAAGAAGCACUUACCCAAAUUGGUGGCUGGCUCAUUGCUAUUUGGAGCAGGGUUUGCAUUGUAUUUCAAUCGCUCAGAGCGGAUUUCUAAGCUAUUCAAACACCAAGACAUCAAUGCUCUUAGCAUUCAUGAAGUUUCAACAAAUGCAAAACCACUGGUCCAGAAAGUAAAGAAGCUGCCUGAGGAAAUCAAGAAAUUACUUGCAAAGCUUCCUCAUCAAGAGACAAACGAGGAAGAAGCUUCCCUUCUUGACAUACUGUGGCUACUGCUUGCUAGUGUUAUUUUUGUGCCUGCAUUCCAGAAAAUUCCUGGAGGCAGCCCUGUUCUUGGUUACUUGGCUGCUGGCAUCUUGAUUGGACCUUAUGGCCUUUCUAUUAUUCGUAAUGUACAUGGGACCAAGGCAAUUGCUGAAUUUGGGGUUGUCUUCUUGCUAUUUAACAUUGGCCUUGAGCUUUCAGUUGAGAGACUAAGCUCAAUGAAGAAAUAUGUUUUUGGUUUUGGCACUGCACAGGUAUUAGUGACUGCUGCAGUGGCUGGCAUGGUUGCCCAUAUUUUUGCGGCACAACAUGGCCCUGCUGCAAUUGUCAUCGGCAAUGGUCUUGCAUUGUCUUCCACUGCUGUAGUCCUCCAGGUAUUGCAGGAACGCGGUGAAAGCACAUCACGGCAUGGGCGAGCCACAUUUUCUGUAUUACUCUUCCAGGAUUUAGCGGUGGUUGUUUUGCUCAUCCUUAUACCUCUUCUUUCACCUAAUUCUUCCAAAGGAGGGGUUGGCUUUCGAGCUAUAGCUGAAGCCCUUGGAUUGGCUGCUGUCAAGGCAAUUGGUGCAAUAUCUGCCAUUAUUGCUGGAGGACGUCUGCUUCUUCGGCCUACUUACAAGCAAAUUGCUGAGAAUGAGAAUGCAGAAAUAUUUUCAGCUAAUACACUUCUUGUAAUUCUUGGUACCAGUCUCCUUACUGCCAGGGCUGGCCUUUCAAUGGCUCUAGGAGCAUUUUUGGCUGGUUUACUUCUUGCAGAAACUGAAUUUUCGCUUCAGGUUGAGUCAGAUAUUGCCCCAUACCGUGGUCUUCUAUUGGGUCUCUUUUUCAUGACGGUUGGAAUGUCUAUUGAUCCCAAGCUUCUUUUAUCAAACUUUCCAGUUAUUAUGGGGGCACUAUCGCUUCUGAUUGUUGGCAAAACAAUUUUGGUUGCUUUAGUUGGUCGACUUUUUGGUAUUUCCAUUGUAUCUGCCAUAAGAGUUGGUCUGCUACUGGCUCCAGGUGGAGAAUUUGCAUUUGUUGCCUUCGGUGAGGCUGUUAAUCAGGGUAUACUGUCUUCUCAUCUGUCAUCUCUGUUAUUUCUUGUGGUGGGAAUUUCAAUGGCCAUCACACCAUGGUUGGCUGCCGGAGGGCAACUAAUAGCUUCUCAUUUUGAGCUUCAAGAUGUUCGAAGUUUGUUACCCGUGGAAAGUGAGACUGAUGAUUUGCAAGAUCAUAUUAUUAUUUGUGGGUUUGGACGUGUUGGUCAGAUAAUUGCCCAACUUCUUUCUGAAAGACUGAUUCCAUUUGUUGCACUUGAUGUGAGAAGUGAUCGGGUUGCAGUUGGACGUGCACUUGAUCUUCCUGUAUUCUUUGGUGAUGCUGGAAGCCGGGAGGUUCUCCAUAAAGUAGGUGCUGAUAGAGCUUGCGCUGCUGCAAUUACUUUGGAUACCCCUGGUGCGAAUUACAGAACUGUGUGGGCCCUGAACAAGUAUUUUCCUAAUGUGAAAACAUUUGUACGCGCGCAUGACGUUGACCAUGGCAUAAACUUGGAAAAGGCCGGAGCAACAGCGGUUGUCCCAGAGACCUUGGAACCAAGUUUGCAGUUGGCGGCAGCUGUCCUAGUUGAAGCUAAACUACCAAUGUCAGAGAUAGCAGCAACGAUCAACGAGUUCAGGUCCCGCCACCUAUCUGAGCUAACUGAGCUGUGUCAAACAAGCGGGGGCUCUCUCGGGUACGGAUUUUCCCGAGUGGUUAACAAACCCAAAGAACAGCCCCCACACUUAGACUCUUCACCCGAGAGCGAAGAAGCGUCUCUCGCGAUAUAAUGCUGCUGCAACUGGCCUGGAGGAAGAAGAAGAAGAGGAUGAUUCAUUCAUUCAUUCACUUUGGGAAACUGUAUAGCCUUUUUUUUUGUUAGUUUUACUUUUAUCCUAUUAUUAUAUAUUGGUCCUGUUUUUUUUGGAAGGGACAUUCUUUUAGGCCAUUGCUCUCCAGUCUCCACAUGAGAUUUCCAUCGGAACUUAUUGAAUUAAUUUUAAAGUUGAAGAAAUUUGUUUUAACUUCCAUUUUGUCUGGGUUUGUAUUUACAGUAGUUUGGAUAGGACAAUUCUUUUGAUUGAUUUUUUUGGCAUUAUUGUAAAAAGUUCCAACUCUAUACUGGGACAAGUUCCCCUCUGGUACGAUUAUAGGAU